CCACAUAAUUAUUGAGAAGAAAACCUGAUAAUUUGUUUCCAUAGAAAAAAAUAGAGAGUACUUUCUGUAGUCAAAUCCGCCAUCUUCGUAAAGCUGGUUCCUUCUUUUUGGUUAAACAGCAACGAUGGCACCAUCAAAGCCAAAAUCGAGUGAAAAGCCCGCAUCUGCGGCAAAGAAGGAGGAAAAAAAGAAACCAGCUUCGGCUGGUUCCUCCAAAACCCCGGCACCUGCACCCAAGGCUGCCACAAAAACUUCCGCGAGUGCUACUUCUGCUAAAGCAGCAACUAAACCAGCUGCAAAAGCAUCCAAAACUUCUGCCAAGCCUGCUUCCGCUAAAGGAACAAAAGCAGCAGCCAAACCUGUUGCCAAAGGUGCAGCCAAAAAAACCCAAGGACAGAAGUCCAUGGAAAAGGUUACAUCUAAAGCUGCUCUUACUAAACCUAAAAAGAAUGUAGGACUCAAACAGCAACCUAAACAGGAUAAACAGAAAAAGGCUGCAAUCAAAGCUGCUGAAGUUAAAAAGGCUGAACGUGCCCAAAAAAAGGUUAUUAAAGGAUCAAGUGGAACUAGGGUACGUAAAAUCCGCACCUCAGUGCACUUCCACAGGCCUAAGACAUUCAGGCCACCAAGGAAUCCAAAAUACCCAAGGAAAUCCGUACCAACUAGGAGCCGUAUGGAUGCCUUUAACAUCAUUAAAUAUCCAUUGACCACAGAAGCCGCAAUGAAAAAAAUUGAAGACAAUAACACCCUUGUAUUUUUAGUUCACACUAAAGCAAAUAAAAAUCACAUCAAGCAGUCUGUCAAAAAACUAUACGACAUCAAUGUUGCUAAAGUCAACACUCUGAUCAGACCUGAUGGUAAGAAGAAGGCUUAUGUAAGAUUGGCCAGAGAUUAUGAUGCUUUAGACGUAGCCAACAAAAUUGGAAUAAUAUAAGUUUGUUUGAUCUCUGAAUGUUUGUUUUAUACGAUGAUGUUGUAUGAAUAAAUUUUAGGGGAAAACAAUAA